GGUAUAAAGCCCAAGUGGACGCGGCAUCCGAUAAGCGCACUCAACGGUAACUUACUCGCUUGAUAGCCAUACAUCGACGACAUCGCUUCUCAAUAGACAUGGCCGAGCCCCAGAUUCGCGGCGAGGUUUACGUUCGCGAAGCCCGCCCCGCAGACCAAUCCGCCCUCAACCGCAUCUGUCUGCUCACCGGCGACGCCGGGAACUCCGCAGAGCACCUGCACAAGUAUGGCGAGCUCAUCGGCACCGUCUACGCCGAUCCCUACGUCAGCCUCCCCACGACCUGGGGCUUCGUCAUGGUCGAUCCUGCCAAGGACGACGCCGUCGUGGGGUACAUCCUCGGCUCGUACGACACGCGCGCGUACGAGCGGCACGCGCGGGACGAGUGGUGGCCCCGCGUCCGCGCGAAGUACGCGUACCCGCCGGAGGCCAACGAGGGCGCGACGGAGGCCGACGUCCGGUUCCUCAACGUCCUCCACAACCCGCCCCGCGCCGCCCAGGCGCAGGUCGACUACUCGCCCGCGCACAUGCACAUCGACAUCCUGCCCGAGUACCAGAGGCAGGGGUGGGGGCGAAGGCUGAUCGGGCGGGCGGCGGAGUAUCUGCGGGAGAAGCAUGGGCUGGAGAGGCUUUGGCUGGGGAUCGACCCCAGGAACGAGGCGGCAAGGCGUUUCUAUGAGAGGCUGGGGUACAAGGAGCUGCCAGGGGCACCGCAAGGAACGUAUGGUCUUGAGUUCAAGGACUUCCACUAUAGUCCUUGAAGCGGAGUAGACGAGCGAAGCAUAUGUAACCAUAGUGGUUGCAACUUGGCCUCGGCUUCUCUAGGCCCUUGGGUCAAGGAUACUGCGACUUCAGCCGCCUCCGCUGGAACGGUGCAC